GCCAAGUCUAAAUGUAAACGCAUUGCUUUGCUGUUGACCGAUGCACCAAAUCCCAGAAACAGAGGGGUGUUGAUGUUCAAGAAGCGUCGGCAAAGGGUUAAGAAGUAUACACUUGUCAGCUACGGGACAGGUCAGCACCAGUUUGACGACAAAAGCGACAAAGACGUAGAAAGUGAAUACAGCAAAACGGUCAGGUUUACUUUGGCCACUAAUGAUUAUUCAGAACUUGAUGAAGACUACUCAGUGAAUGUACGAGACCGAGACGUCAAUUUAAACUGGGAGAACCUUGGAAUAGCCAACAUAUUUCACCACCUGGAAGAGAUGGAGCAACUGCCAGAGACAAAAGGCAAGGGCGUGGCCAUGUUUGUGCAGCGCCGCCAGAGGAUGGAUGAGAUUGCCUUAGAGCAUGAGGAAAUGAGGCGCAAAUGCUUACCCGUCGAAGGUAUUGUAGAGCUUGAAGACACAGAAAUGUACAAGUCUUACAAGACAGAUGAAACUUAUGUGCAAUCCAAUCAAAUUCAAUACAGUGAAAGGCAUGCUGAUCAGAUCUACAUGGAUGCUCAUGGCAAUCAACAUCUGCAGUACAAAGAAAACCAACAGGAGAUGCAACAAUAUGCUCACAUGAUGAACAGUAUGCCCAACCUCCUGGCUAGUGCCAUACCAAAGCCUCUUGUGCCCAACAGAACAGCUAAGCCCUUCUUGGGAUCCCAAAACAGAGUGCCUGUCCCAUUUUCUCCUCUGAGUGGUGUCACUAGCCCAGUGAAGCAUCAUGAAUUCAAAUUCAAGGUAUCAGUCCCUAUACACACAAUUCCACAGGUCUGGUCCCCAACUGGGGACUUCAUAGCUUCGCGUGACGAACGCAUAUCUAUACCAGCAAUCAAGACUGGCAACCUACCAGACUCAAAAAGAAGAGGUGCUAAUAGAGCGGCCUCUGAUCAACCCUCCAACGCAUAUAUUCAAAACAGAGGGGAAAGAAGAUCAUAUAUUGAGUCAGGCGAAGAGGAAGACUACUUUAGUCUUGGUGCUGAGGCAUGCAACUUUAUGCAACCCCGAACAGUCAAGCACAAGAAUCCCCCACCUGUUGCCCCAAAGCCUAGCAUCAACCCAGUCUGUCCACCAUGGUUGAAGGAGAGUCCCUCGAAUGUGCUACUUCACCUGGCAAGGAGUCCAAUCCCGGCAUCUUUCCCAAGUCCAGUGGAGUCUCCUCCUCAGCAAUACUUCAAACAACAAGACUGGCUUUCGCGUCAGCAAACGGCGAACCCCCGGGAACCACCCCAAACUCAGUCACGACCACAGCAACCCAUGAACACCGGGGCACCAGCCAACUCAACAUCACCCUCUCAACUUCAUCCAACCAUGAAUAGCUGGAGUCCACAGCCACCGCGGUCCCCAGGACUUGGCAGAAGCUACUCUCUGUCCCUACCCAGACAGAUGUGCUCCAUGUCCUACAUGCCCUCGCAGUCAUCUAUGUCCCCUGUGACCACCCCUGUGUUCCAUCCAUCUCUCGGGAGGCAGACCUCCUGGCAGGAAAAAGCUGCCCUCAAGCCCCCCAGCCCUUGGGAGGCUGCCUCCCGGAGCACUCUGGGCCUGGUGGACGACGCCUUCCGAUUCCAGAACGUCCCUCAGUCCAUCGCCACUAACGUCAACUCCGCCGCCAACCGACGAUCUCUUCCGGAACCUCCGGACGAAUGGAAGCGCAAGGUGUCAUUGGACGCCCCCAGUGUCAGUGGUGGUUACUAUCAUGCUCCACCCCCAGCCAUGCAUACUAGGUCUAUGAGCAUGACCUCUGCCCCUGUCUAUGGGCCUCCCUUCAGACAGGCCCAGCCUCUGUGGUCAGCGGUGAGUGCUAUGGGUCGAGGCCCGGGCCACCCGAGUCAGUCCCUCUACGCUACCUUGCCACGCACAGCUAUGAGAAGGUAAUCUCGCACAGUCAUCUGUACAUCCUCAGCUAGAAUUCAAAAAUAUAAACAGUGCACUUGUAAGAACAAACGUAGAAAAUAUAAUUGGAUGUACAGAUGUAAACAAUAGGGCCAGCAUAUUAUAAUUAACAUUUUGAUCAAGGUAGUGUUUCUUUUUUAAGACAAAUGUUUGGAAUCAAUGAGGAAAUACUGAUGUACCAAGAUAGCUGAUAAUGGUCUACAGCAGCAUGCUAAGGUGAAUUACAAGUUUGAAGAUGGAAUCUGCAGGGAAACGGCGCCACUGUUUGCCCCACCGCCAUUGUUAUUGUUUUUGUUUUGAGGUGAGGAGCGUUUCACAGUGUGAAAAAAAAAAAUUUGCAGUAUAUAUUCUGCUGUUCUAUCAUGCGUGCAAUGAUGUCAGAGGGGGAAAAAAACAGUAUUAGUUGUUUUUAGUAACUUUGUUUCACCAUUAUGGAGUCUAGCUUUAAAGGUUUUCAUUUCUGAAAAAAAAAGUACUGAUGUUAAUGGUCUUUGGUUUAAAUUGGAGUUUGUUUUUCUAUGUGUGUGCAUGUACAGUAUUUUGGUUUGAGCAUGGAUUGUUUGUGCAUUUUGUCCUGUGGCCACAGGGGGCAAAGACGUGGUUUCUCGUUCUCUACUAUAAUUCUGAUCAGUGAAGUGCAUCCACACACAUCUAUAGUAUGUACUGCAUGUUCCAUUGAAUGUUCUGUACCUGAAAACUUUAAAUUCUAAACAUGUUUUAUGAAUUUUGAUAAAUGGAUACAUGAUAGGCCUAUUAUUUAUUUGCAUGUGCAUAAAAGUAAGAGGUUUGCAAGGUGAUGAGUGAGAAAAUGGCAGAUGGAAGGGAAAAGAAAGAUGUGUUGAACCUAUAACUUGUUUUAUUUUCCACAUAAUAUGAAAACUAAAUAGAAAAAUGGAUUGAGUAUUGUUAUGUGAUGUAAGCGGUAACAUCUAAAAUAGAAAUACAGUAAAGCGGAUUUCAAAUGUACUGCUAGGGUUCCUUGAUGGUUUGUGUAAUAUGUGCGAUAGCAUGUGUAGCAGGUUAGAUAGUAAGUACCAAGUGCACAUACUGAUGAAAACAAUCAACAUUCAUGUUCACUUUCAGACAAUCCCUCUGUUACUAUGAAAAUUAAGGAAAUGUACAAAUGUCUUAGAUUUCUUAAAAUAAUAAAUCAAGGCCUCCCGGGUGGCGCAGUGGUCUAGGGCACUGCAUCGCAGUGCUAACUGCGCCACCAGAGUCUCUGGGUUCGCGCCCAGGCUCUGUCACA